AAUGCAUUUUGGAACAUUUCUGGAAAGAUUAAGAGGGUGAGCGUUAAUAUAUCCACAGACCUUGGAUGCUGGAGCGUGCCUCAGGAGCCUGCAAGCUCAGCUCCGUGACGAAGCCCACGUCAGUCGGCCGAGCCAACCACAGGCAACAUAAUCAUUUGCACACACGAACACACACACACACGGCGCUGAUGCUCGCUCGUGGAUCUCUCUGUGAUGUUUUCCCACCCCUGCUUGUUUGUGGUGGUCCGCCUUCUUCUGCCGGGGUUCCCUUCACUGAACAGUGUACAAUGAACUUGAAGACGAUAAGAUGCUUUUAAAAGGAGGUGAUCUUCGUAGUGGAGACCGGAAUGAGAUGUUGGCCCAAGGGGUGUUCCGGUCUGACGCGUCUGUGGAUUCCCGGUGAUUCUUUAACCUGGACCUGCAGCCAGCAUCAUAGAUGAUCUUUCCUCGUGCGACUUUGUGGCUUUGGUUCGCCGAGGAGCACCCGGAGACCAGGUAUGGCAAUGGCCAAUAUGGUGUGUUUCUCUGAUGUGGAAACUUUCCUGGACUCGCACCCCGAGUUAUUUGAGGACUACCUGAACCGAAAGGGCACGUAUGGCAUGGUGGAGAAGUGGCUCAAGAACCACCAAGCGGCCAAGGUGGGUCCGGCUGCCGCGACCUCGGUGGCUGAGUCGAGGGACGAGAAGGGCGCCGCUCUACGGGAGAGUUGGGCGAGCAAAUGCGACGGUCUCCAACGGAGAGCUUCGCAGAAGGAGCUGCGCAAAACUUUCGCCCGCUCCAAAGCCGUCAACGUCAACCGAACCUACGACGAGCAAGUCAACUCUCGAGCCCAGGAGCCGCUGAGCAGCAUGCGGCGGAGAGCCCUGCUGAGGAAGGCGAGCUCGCUGCCCCCGACCACAGCGCACAUCCUGAGCGCGCUGCUCGAAUCCAGAGUCAACAUCCCGCAGUACCAGUCCACGGCCGUGGAUUUUAAAUAUUACCUCAAGGAAAACAACGAGAGGGAGUUCUUCCUGGAGCUCGUCAAAGACAUCUCCAACGACCUGGACCUGACGAGUCUCAGCUACAAAAUUCUGGUGUUCGUGUGCAUCAUGGUGGACGCGGACCGGUGCUCCCUGUUCUUGGUGGAGGGCACUGGCAACAAGAAGACGCUCGUGUCCAAGUUCUUCGACGUGCACGUGGGCACCGCCGUGCUCCCCUCCAUGAACUCGGACGAGGUUCAGGUGCCUUGGGGCAAAGGGAUCAUCGGAUACGUGGCCGAGCACGGGGAGACCGUCAACAUCCCGGACGCCUACCAGGAUCGCCGGUUCAGUGAUGAAAUUGACAAGAUGACAGGGUACAAGACCAAAUCCCUCUUGUGCAUGCCCAUUCGCAAUAGCGAUGGAGAAAUUAUCGGCGUGGCCCAGGCCAUCAACAAGACCUCAAGUGUGGAACUUUUCACAGAAGACGACGAAAAGGUACUGCAGAUGUACCUACCCUUCUGUGGCAUUGCAAUCUCCAAUGCCCAACUCUUUGCUGCCUCGAGGAAGGAAUACGACAGGAGUCGGGCACUCCUUGAGGUAGUCAACGAUCUGUUUGAAGAACAGACUGACCUGGAGAAAAUUGUCAGGAAGAUCAUGCAUCGUGCUCAAACAUUGCUAAAGUGUGAGCGCUGUUCUGUUCAGUUGCUGGAGGACAUUGAGUCACCGGUAGUGAAGUUCACGAAGUCUUUUGAAUUAUUGUCACCUAAGUGCAGUGCAGAUGCUGAAACGAGUUUCAAGGACAGUAUGGAAAAGUCAUCUUACUCUGAUUGGCUCAUCAAAAACAGCAUUGCAGAGCUGGUUGCUUCCACAGGACUUCCUGUUAACAUCAGCGACGCUUACCAGGAUCCUCGCUUUGAUGCUGAGGCCGACCAGUUCUCCGACUUCCACAUUCGGUCUGUGCUUUGUGUUCCUAUAUGGAACAGUGAUCACCAAAUCAUUGGUGUCGCUCAAGUGUUAAACCGUCUUGAUGGGAAACCAUUUGAUGAUGCGGACCAGCGUCUCUUUGAGGCAUUUGUGAUCUUUUGUGGUCUGGGCAUCAACAACACCAUCAUGUACGACCAGGUGAAGAAGUCCUGGGCCAAGCAAUCCGUGGCACUGGAUGUACUCUCUUACCAUGCCACUUGCUCCAAGACUGAAGUUGACAAAUUUAAGGCUGCCAACAUCCCCCUGGUGUGCGAACUGGGAAUUGACAAGCUCUCCUUUGACGAUUUCUCGCUGGACGUUGAUGCCAUGAUCACGGCCGCUCUGAGGAUGUUCAUGGAGCUCGGAAUGGUUCCCAAAUUUAAGAUUGACUAUGAGACCCUGUGCAGAUGGUUGCUGACCGUCAGGAAAAACUACCGCAUGGUUCUGUACCACAACUGGAGACAUGCCUUCAAUGUGUGCCAGUGCAUGUUUGCCAUGCUCACGACGGCCGGCUUCCAGGAGACUCUGACAGAAGUGGAGAUCCUAGCACUUAUCGUGGGUUGCGUGUGUCACGACUUGGAUCACCGGGGCACCAACAAUGCUUUCCAGGCAAAGACAGGCUCGGCUCUCGCUCUGCUUUACGGGACAUCGGCUACGCUUGAGCACCACCACUUCAACCAUGCCGUCAUGAUCCUACAAAGCGAGGGUCACAACAUCUUCUCCAACCUCUCGUCUGCCGAGUACAGCAACCUCAUGCAGCUCCUCAAACAGUCUAUCUUGGCCACCGACCUCACACUUUACUUUGAGAACAGAAACACUUUCUUUGAACUAGUCAGCAAAGGGGAGUACAAUUGGAACGUGAAGGCCCACAGAGACAUGUGCAGAUCCAUGAUGAUGACGGCAUGUGAUCUCGGCGCUGUGACCAAGCCUUGGGAAAUAUCCCGCAAGGUGGCUGAGUUAGUGACCAGUGAGUUCUUUGAGCAAGGUGACAGAGAGCGAUCAGAACUGAAGCUCAUACCCUCAGCCAUCUUUGACCGAAACAGAAAGGACGAGCUGCCGGGGCUUCAAUUGGAGUGGAUCGAUGGAAUUUGUGCGCCGCUCUAUGAGACUCUGGUCAAGUUAAAUCCCAAACUGAAGCCGAUGCUGGACAUGAUCCAAGCCAACAGGUCGAAAUGGGAGGAGCUGAACGACAAGCGGCAACUCGACCACAGCGUUUCCUCCCCGGCGAGUCCCUCCGACCCCGUCGGGUGCCCUUCGCCUAAGGCGGGCGGCUCGCCCUGCCGCAGCAGCAGUGCGGGCGACGCGGCCUCAAAAUCAGUGGGUUAGCUCGCCUUCUAUCUCACUUCCUCUGACAGCCUGCGACUUUUGCCGGGAAGGCGGCGGUCUUCGGACCUUUUUGCUCCUCGGCGACGAGCGGAAAAGCUCCAGGAGGUGUGCGAAUUUUGUCAGGGUGGCUGAGGGUGAGCGGCGUCGGCGUGUCGGCUGACGACUGUCGUGCGGCCGUUGUGCAACACGGUGGAGAAGUGACGCCUGCGUGACGGAUGUUGCCUGUAAAUGUGUAGAUAAUGUAGGCUACUACGGGCCGUGUUGCGUUCAAGUGCUGUCACAAAAGUCGGGAAUGUGCUGUGGCUGUAGAAGGAUGACGUGUUGAGGGAGCAGCCGUGCUUGCUCUACUUCUUCCCCUCCUGUGCCUUCUUUGAAAGAUUCCCCAUGAAAAAUGCAUGGCCUCCUUUUAAAUGGGCACUAUGGAAAAUGGCACCCGAGAUGGAUUUUUUUUUUUUAAUCAAUUUGCCAUUAUACACCACAAGUCCAUUUUAUAUUUAUAUGUAUACAUAAUUGAUGGUCCCUAAAAAGGUUUAAACGCCACAACAUGGCAGCGAAUACUAGUUUUGUCCAAAUUAAGUUCCUAAACUCACUUUCACACAGUUCCUUGGUACCAAGAGGGCACUAGAUGCUAAAAUGAUUAUCUCAAAGUGUAAAUAUACCAUGAACUAUGAUUCCAAAACACUCCAAUAACAUUUCAAAGUCAUACAACACUGGUUUGAAGAUGAUUUUAUACAGAAAGAAAUAUGUACUUACACACUUCUACUAACAACCCAGGCUAAACUCCUUGACAUGCAAAGUUUGUCACUGAGACGAGGCAAACAAAAAUAUCCUAACAGUCAUUCUAGUUUCUGAUUAGCCAAGGCUUUGCCGCCAUCUUGUGGCACUUUACUGUGUUACAGAAAGAGAACAAAAUAGAUGCGCUUUUCAGCAAGUAAUGGAAAAUAAUCAUGAUUAAAAACAGUGUUUAGUACGAAAGAAAAUCACUUGAACUGACUCAACUGAUAUUGUAUAGCACAAACUGUGAUGAGUGACCCCCUCCUCCCGCGUUGCACAUUUCCAGUUGGCUAUUCACAAAUUGAUAUAUAUUAUAACCUCUCGACAGAAAACUCACCUAUUUGCUGUGCUCUGUAGUCUUUCUGUAAAACCCUAAGAUGCCACAAGAUGGCACCAAAGUGUGCUAUGUGAGAAAAGUAAAAAUUGGCGUCACAGAACUUUUGUUGAAGAGAUACAGUACACGUCGCCUGAGCGAAUACGUACAAUCGUUGUAUGCCAGGGAAAAGCCAUGUUUAUUGGUAUGUGCAAAUUAUUGAUAGUGUUUGCUACAUAAGCACGUACGUGUGCACAAUUUGAAAUGAAAGCAAAGAGCUUUGGAAUGAUACUUCCUGAAAUAUUUAGGGUUGAAAAAUAUUCAUAUCGCCACUGAUAAACCUUUUGGCUGUGGGUCGUCAAUUACUUGAACAAUUUGUUACAUUAUCUCAAUAUUGCUUAAAAGGUAUUUGGACCGCUUGAUAUGAUUAGAAAUCCUGUUCACAAAGUUUGUUUUCAAUUAUUUGAUCGUAUCACCAAAGAAACUGAUGAAAUACAAGAACAGUUAAUACAAUUUUUUUCAUGAUUCUGAACAGUUUUAAUCACAUUGCAAUUGGUGUCAUUCAGGUACCCUGUGACAAAAGGCGAAAUCAUAGAAGGAGGAAACAAAACCUCCAAAUACUUGUGGAUGUAACGGAAGUGUACGCCUGGAUCCAACCUUAGCACAUAAACGUGUGGAAAUAUUCACACACACAAACACACACGUACGCACAGAGACACACAAACGUGCCUUGAUGAGGUUGUUUUUCUUUCUGCUCAAAUAAGCCAUUUAAUCAUGCGGAAUGAUUCUUCAAGUUGCAUUUAUUUCUCUGGCAUUUGGCCAAUUUCUGCCCCCCCCCCCCCCCAACUCUUCAGACUGUCUUGGAGCUUUUCAAGUUCAAGGGUGACUCUGACUGAGUGACACUUAGUUGUAGUACUGUGGCGCCGAUAGGGUCACAAGUCAAUCUUUUCAUACGAAUACCGGUGAGCAUUGGCCUUACAAUUCUGAGGACGGCGGUUCCAUGUGGAUUUUGCAUGUUCUCUCCGGUUUCCUCCCACAUCCCAAAAACACGCAACAUUAAUUGGACACUCUAAAUUGCCCCGAGGUGUGAUUGUAAGUGUGAAUAGUUGUUUGUUUCUAUCUGCCCGGCGAUUGGCUGGCGCCCAAUUCGGGGUAUACCCCGCCUCCUGCCUGAUGGCAGCUGAGAUAGGCUCCAGCACUCCCGCGACCCUCGUGAGGAUAAGCGGCGAAGAAAAUGGAUGGAUGAAUGAAUAUUCUUACAUAGUGGUUUACUUUUUUGACUUAAGUUGUACUUUAUCGAGUGUUUUUUUUUUUUUUUAAUGUGACCUCGUGCACCUUGCCAGGCAUGGUUCUUAAUGUACUUUUCAUUGAACAACAUUUAAGUUGCAUGUUUUUAAUGAUUUCUGUGUUGCACUGAAAGACAACGCUGAGGAUGUAGCAACCGUGGAGCUGUAACGAAUACCUCGGACUUCCGCACAAAUGCAUGUCUUCAAUUGUACUGCAUGAGGUUGAUUAUGAAUAUCACCGUUCUAUUUUUCUAUCAGUCUCCCUUCCUUAAUCUUGUCUUUUUUGAACUUGUAAGUUACAUGAUGUAACGUGUUUCUUCUGUUCGUCUUUUUUGGAUUUCGGUGAAA